AAUAACUUUUUUCUUUCUAAUUGCGUUGAAAUAUACAUUUAAAUCUUCAAAUUUUGAUUUAUCAUAAAGAUUCAAUGAUCACUUAGAUCAAUUUAAUUACGAAAUGUUAAUAAGAAAAUGUAUUAAAGAAUUGUCUUGCCGCUUUGUACAAACGAUAAAUUGCGUACGAAAAAACUCUACAGGAAAAUAUUGUUUGGAAUUAGUUAGAAAACAUGAUUUUGAAAAUUAUUUAUGCACCUUAUUAUUACACAAAAAUAUUAGAAGAACCGGUUUUGCUGUUAGAGCAUUUAAUAUUGAGGUAGCAACUAUUCAAGAUCAAAUAAGUGAUAUGAAAAUCGGAGAAAUGCGAUUUAAAUUUUGGGAGUCAUCUUUGAAUGAAAUAUAUCAAAAUAAAAUUCCAAAACAUCCUGUACUCAUCGAACUUUAUACGGCAACAAAAACGCAUAAAUUAAGUAUAAUAUACUUGAAACGUUUGAUCUCAUCUCGAGAAAAUUAUAUGUUAAAUUCAUCUCUGAAAACCGUUGAAGAUUUAGAGACUUAUGCUGAAAACUCUGUUUCACCAGUAUAUUAUUUAUUUCUAGAAGCAAUGGGGAUUAAGGACAUGAAAGUUGAUCAUGCUGUAAGUCAUCUAGGUAAAUGUCAAGGAAUUAUAAACAUUAUCAGAGGUAUUCCUUUUAAUACAAAAUCUGGUCGUAUAUCAAUACCUCAAGACAUUUUGUCAAAAUAUAAGGUUUCCUAUGAAAAUAUCAUAAGAAAUUCAAGUGAACAGAAUGUUCGUGAUGCAAUUUAUGAAUUGGCUUCAAGAGCUAACAGUCAUCUAAUGAAGGCCAAAAAUUUGGAGAAGAAGGAAAAUAAACAUAUUAAAUCAAUAUACUUACCAUUUGUUCCACUUCAUAUAUAUUUGGAAAAGCUUCGAAAAGCAGAUUUCAAUGUAUUUGAUAAAAAACUACAAGAACGAAAUAACUUAUUACCUAUGAAACUAUUAUGGCGUAAAAUAGUUAGCUAAAAUGACUGUAGUCAAAUAGAUUUGUUAAAAUUGUUAUAAGUACAAUUAUGAUGACUUCAUACCAAUUGUGUCAUCUCCAUCUUAAAMAUUUACAAUACCAAAUUUGUGUUCAUCAGAAUCAAUUUUUUCUUGUUAGAAUUAAUACUAGAGUGAAUUUUCCAAUUAUUAAACCUGUGGAUAAAAAGAUUUAAUAUUUUAUCUUAAUCACRAUAAUUUUGAUUGCAAUAUUUUACAUAUUAAAAACUCACUUAAAAUUUGGAAUAUCUUAAUAACCCUAUGUACAAGGUCAAUUCACUCAAAUAUUAAAGUGACACACWAAACUGUUUCUACAGAAUGCGAAUGGUAUAUGUUAGGUGUUUGUAAGAUAGGAAGCAACACAUGCAGCUAAGUGUAUUAACGAUUAAAUGUUUAUUAAUAUUAGUUUUAGUUAUUUCUUUGUUAACUAUUAUUAAUUUUAACAGUUCAAA